GCUUAUGUCACCUUCCCCCCUUUCUCAAAGACUUAUUUUUUUUAAAGUGUUGUUCUUCUUGCUCUCUGAAAUCUCCCCCAAAAAAAAGGACAAAUUGAAUCAAUUGCCGUGUUUAUUUAACCUUGGCAGUCGAUUUCAAAGCAAGCUUCACAAUUUGGUGGGUCUUUUUUAUCUGCUUAUAGUUCAGGAAAAAGGUAAAAUAAAGGAAACUCAAUAAUAAUAAGUUAUUGUGGUUAUUCUUGUUCCUGUAUUGUUGAAGUCAAAAUCUGGUUUGGAGCUUGAUUUUGUUUAUGUUUGCUGGUUGUGUGAAAAAAAUAAAAAGGAUUUCAGUUAUUGGAAUUUUUGGCAUCCGGGUUUUGCUAUAUUUGAUCCAAGCAUUAACGGGUAUGGAAGUUUUGGAUUUAUGGAGUUAUAAGUAGUUUUAAUUUUGGGUAAAGUUUGUUUGUAGCAUUAUGUUUGUUGUGUUUGGUUUGUAGAAGCAAAAACUGUGAGUUAGUGAGUAAUAAGAAAGGGGUGAGAGUUGAUGCUUGGUCCAAGACAAUGGAGGUGUAUAUGGCCAGAUUUCUAUAUCUUUAGCAAUAAUUUCUGCAACUUUAGGGAAAUAGUAUGAAGAACCUCUUGAAGAAGCUUAAUAUUGUGUCAAACCAAGGUGAAGACAUACAAGGGUCGUCAAAUCCAUCGAAAGCGAGUAAAUCUCCUCAUUCACAGGCACAGGCACAGGCACAUCGUUUGGAGCAAAACAAACCCUUAACUGCUUUGGCCGGAUGGUUUCAGACAGUAACUAACAGAAAAAGUCCUAGUAGUAGUAGUAGCAGUAUCCCAUCUUCUUCAAAUGCUAGGACACAAGAUAUAAUAGAACAACACAUGGAUUCUGCUCACAGUUCUGGCUUCACUCUUGGUUCGGACGUUGAAAGGCGUGACUCGGAGUCUACUAAUUCAAAGGAUCCUGAUAUUGAGGAAGAGUAUCAAAUACAGUUAGCUAUGGAAAUGAGUGCACGGGAAGAUCCAGAGGCUGUUCAAAUUGAAGCUGUGAAGCAAAUAAGUUUAGGAUCACUUACACAUGAGAAUUCUCCUGCUGAAGUCGUUGCGUUCAGAUACUGGAAUUACAAUGCUCUUAGCUAUGAUGACAAGAUAUUCGAUGGUUUCUAUGACUUAUAUGGUGUGGUUGCCGGCUGUGAACCAUCAAGGAUGCCUUCCCUUGUUGAUCUCCAAGAAACACCAGUAUCUGAAAAUAUUAGUUGGGAGGCAAUUUUGGUCAACAGGGCUGCUGAUUCCAAUCUGCUUCAACUUGAACAGAGGGCUCUCAAUUUUGCAGCCAAGGCAAGGUCAGAACCUGUUCUUCUAGGUGAUGCUGCACUGGUGCGACAACUAGCUACUCUGGUUUCGGACUACAUGGGUGGACCAGUUGGGGUACCAGACAACAUGUUUAGAGCAUGGAAAAGUCUUAGUUAUAGUUUGAAGUCAACUAUUAGGAGCAUGGUGUUGCCUCUUGGUUCUUUAACAAUUGGACUGGCUCGUCAUCGUGCUUUACUAUUCAAGGUUCUCGCCGACAGUGUGGACAUUCCAUGCCGUUUAGUGAAAGGACAGUUAUAUACGGGCUUUGAUGAUGUUGCAGCGAACUUUGUAAAGAUUGAUGAUGGAAGGGAAUUCAUUGUUGAUCUAAUGGCAGAUCCAGGGACAUUGAUUCCGUCUGACAUGGCUGUGGCCCAAGUUGAAUAUGCCGAUUCUCUUUCCUCGGCCAGUCCUCAGUCUCGGGAUAUUGAGUCCAACAUGGGCACCUGCAGCAGUGAGGCAGUGAGUUCAUAUGACGAGCCAUCUGAUUCUGGGACACUAGAUAACAAAAUCUGCCUUAAGAAGCAGCCUGCUGGAGUAGAUGGUCCCGGUGACAGAUUUGCUUCUACAGCUUCUGAUAACUUUCUCACUGGAUUGAGUGGUGACGAAUUGCAUGCCACAACAGAGCUCAGCAGAAAUCCCAGUGAAGUGAAUAAGUUACCAACAGAGGUGGUUCAAUCUAGAAUUAACUAUCCUUUUUUGCAUGCAAGAUCCCCUUCUUGGACAGAAGGAGUUAGUUCACCAGCUGUGCGGAAAAUGAAGGUCAAGGAUGUUUCACAAUACAUGAUUGAUGCUGCCAAAGAAAAUCCUCAAUUAGCUCAGAAACUCCAUGACGUGUUACUCGAAAGUGGUGUUGUCGCUCCUCCGAACCUGUUCACUGAAAUCUAUCCAGACCAUGCAGAUGUAUCAGUCACUUUCACGAAGCCUCUAGGUGAAGGAAGGCAAGAAAAUAAAAUGAAGCAUGAAUCCAGAAAGCCUAAAGACCUGGAUUAUUCUGUUCAACCAAAAUUCUUACUCCCAUUGCCUCAACAGGAAGGGCAACCAAGGGUAAAUGAAAACCUGCCAUUGGAGAAUUUUAACCCUGCACAAGUUUGUGGGAUUGGCAAUAUAAUAGAUGUAGGCGAAGGUAGCUCAAACACUUUAGUAAUGCAUCCUGAUGUGGCUUCAGUAAAGUUUGGGAAGAAUGUUCCUGUGUCAGCAGUCACAGCCGCAGCUGCUGCUGUUAUUGCCUCAUCUAUGGUGGUUGCAGCGGCCAAAUCAAACCCUGAUCCGAAGUUUGAACUCCCUGCUGCAGCUGCUGCAACUGCCACUGCUGCUGCUGUGGUAGCAACCACUGCUGCUAUUGGUAAGCAGUACGAACAGAUAGAGGCUGCUCCUCAUACUUCACGUGGAGACGGUGUCUUCUUCAAUAAAAUGGUUGGUUCAAGGAGCAUGGAAGGAGAUGAUGCUAGUAAGGAGCCAUGUGGUAGUUGCAAGGAGCAAGACACUUCUGGUGCAAAUUCAGAGGAAAGAACAUCUGAUAGGUCCGCUGGGGGUGAUAGUGCAAGCAGUGCAAGAUCUGAUAUGCCACUAGAUGAUGUAUCAGAUUGUGAGAUUGCAUGGGAGGAAAUCACUGUGGGCGAGCGUAUCGGACUUGGAUCAUAUGGGGAAGUUUACCGUGGAGAUUGGCGUGGAACUGAAGUAGCUAUUAAGAGAUUCCUAGACCAAGAUAUUUACGGGGAGUCACUUGAAGAAUUUAAAAGUGAGGUUCAUAUUAUGAAAAGACUAAGACAUCCAAAUGUUGUUCUAUUCAUGGGAGCCAUUACUCGUCCACCCAAUCUGUCAAUUAUUACGGAGUUUCUUCAUAGGGAUUCCCUAACAGGUAUAUGCAACUCCAAGCUAUGGAAUUAGAUCCAAUUGAAUUUCAGGAUGAAAGAUCUUACUUUUUGUAGUCCAAUUGUCUACUUGGCCUACCGCGGAAUCAUCCUCGACAUCUUUGUGAUGGAUGAAUUUUCUGAUCUGUUCUUAUCAUCAAAAUCCUCAUGUGUUGCCAUUAACUUGUUAGAAGACAGAGGGAGGAGAACAAAAUAGGAGAAGACAGAGAGAGAAGAUGUGAGAGGCUGUUUGAUUAAAAUUACAGAUGAAAAGGUGUUAAAAGUUUUCUUCAAAAAAGGGUAUCAGGCUUUUUUUCCUGAUUAAUGGACAUGUUGCUUUGACUCUUGAUCUUCUAGAUAUUAAGUUUCUUCCUCUUUAACUAUUGGGGCAUUUAAAUAUAACAAUGACUAACCAAUAUAUAGUCAUAAAGCAUUUAGACUCCAUGAUAUAGGCAGCUCAUGGUGGUAUAAAGGUUGAUAUAUGUUAGGACUCUAUAUGUAUUAGGAAUAGGAUUAUAUUAAAAAAAUAAACACAAAUUUGUAUUAUUUAUUUUGGAAGAACCGAUUAAAGUUUGUAUUAUUCAAGCUAAAUUCCUUCAUUUGUUUAGUGUAUUUAUUUGAGAUGAUAUGCCUUGUAGUGUCACCCACUCACCCCCUGGUUAUCUUUCUAUAUAAUCCUUUAGUACUUGUAUGAAUUAUAAAAUGAAAGCCUUAUAGUUUAGGACACAGGAUCAUUUUCUCGUCUUGCAACUCGGUUUUAGGUUGUUCUGUGUUUAUAUAGAAAUUCUCAUUAUUUCGGGCUUCCGGCAUAAGAGUGACUUCUAUACUGACAGAGAAUCAUCGUUUGGAAAUGAUUUCGCUUCAUUGCGACUUAUAAUUGUUUUGUCAUUCCAGAGUCAUCGUUUCUUAUCAAGCUUUACCUUUCAUGUCCCCCUUCACCUGCAUAAUCCCUGAAUGAUCUCUAACUUCAUACAAAAAACAAAUCAUUGACACUUUUAGUUAGUCUUAGACAUGAUCUCAUAAAAAGCCAUUAGAUGAAAUGCUCCCGAAUGAAAGAUCUCAAUCUUGUCAAAACUUAACCAGCAGUUGGUUGUUUCAGUGCUUGCACCACUCCACUUGUGUUGUCAGAACUAUAUCUAGACGUGUGCAUGGGCUCCCCCUCCCUUUUUUCUAAAGUUUUUCUGGGGUGAAAUUUCCAACUCUUUGUGAUAGACAUUAAUAAUUGUAAUUGCUAGUAGUUUCAAAAUUUCUCAUCUCUGAUGAAUGAGUUCAAGUUGAAACUUUAAGAGCUAGCUGAUUGGAAGGCGUUUGGUCACAAUUUUGCUUAUAAUCUUUUCAUAUAAGUUUUAUUGGCCCCUGAAGAAACAGGAAGGGGCUUCGAGAGCAGAUGCGAGAGUGGUUGGCGAUGGAUCCAUAGAGUCUUCCUUUUAAAUUUCGUUUCUGCAUUAAAUUCUAACUUUUGGGCGGGGGGUAAUUUUUCUGAACAAUGGUAGUAUCUAUUUUAUUUUUGGGCCAUGCUGAUAAUUGGAAGAGGGUUUAAUUUUCUUAUAGUCGAUUCAUUUGAUUACGAUAUUACUUUUUUUACAAAAGAUAUGCAUACAACAUUUUUCAUGUAAUUUAACUGGUUAAUACAUAACUAUCCUGCCUUUUUAGAAAACAUAAUUGGCACCUUGAUGCAUUAUAAAUGAGAAAACUAUUAUUUUUAAUUACAAUGAUAAAUUAAUAUUUCAUCUCUGAAUAUUUCCUCAUAUAUCUUGAUAUUAGUUAAUGUAUGCAAUUGGUUUUUGAUGAAGCUUGGAGUUCCCACUUCGUAAUUGAUUUUGGCGCAAAAUCUUAGCUAAGAAACAUAAGAAAGUUUUGAAGGGAGAAUAAAAAGUAGAGAAAUUGUUAGGAAUCGGUAUGAAGAUGAGAAAAUUGUUUGAUGUGAUGCAGAGAGAAAAGUGGAAAACAAAUGUUUAUAACCUUUUAACUUUACUUGAAAUAAGAGUAUUUCUUUUUCGGGACAUCUCAAAUUCAAAACAUAGUAAUAAGGAACUCUAUUCUGGACAAAAGCAAUAAUUUUAUAAAUAAAAUGAUUCAAGAUCCAGAGAUGUGGUAGAAAACUUGGU